AUGUGGUCGGUAAUCAGCUGGAGAAACCGCCGGAGGGGUAGACCUCUCCCUCCCGGUCCAGCGCCGCUCCCCGUGAUUGGAAACUUGCUAGACAUGCCAGAGAAGAGGAAGUGGCUGUUUUUCCAGGAUCUGUGCACGAAAUAUGGCGGUAUCGUAUACCUGAACGUUCUCGGGAAUCACAUAGUCGCAAUCGACGAUGCGAACAUGGCCCAGGAGCUGUUAGAGAAACGGUCCGCGAAUACGUGCAGCCGACCCUCGAGUGUAGUGAUCCCUCUUGUCGGGAACGACGUGUCGUUCAGCAUCAUGCCCUACGGGCAGUGGUGGAGGGACCACAGGCGCGCAUUCUGGCAGGUCUUCCAUCCCGGAGCUAUGCGGGGCUACCGAGACACUGUACGGGCGUUCCUGCAUGAGUUUCUGCGAAACACUGUCACUUCUCCCGAGGGCGUCGAACAACACCUCUACGGCAUGUUCGCGGCGAUCAUAUUGAAGGUCUUAUACGGCCUCGAUGCCGACGAAGAAGGGGGCGAGCUCAUUGACAAGAUCCACGAAUCCAUCAGCUGCACUACAUCGGUCAUGAUCAGCAAACACGCGGUCGACAUCUUCCCGGCGUUGCGGCACGUACCUGCUUGGGUCCCAGGCGCAGGCUUCCAGCGUGCGUUUGCCGAGUGUAAAGCCGCAGUAACAUACGCCAGAGAAAUGCCGUUCGCAAAAAUGAAGGCGCUUUUGGACGACGGCAAACUUGGAAGCACCUCGUCCGCGCUUGCUGUGUUGUUGGCUAGAAUAGAUGACACAGCGGACGCUGCAGCACGUGCGUACGAAGAAGAUACCGUCAAGAAUGUCGGCCUGACCACAUUUGAGGGUACGUCACGGUCGUUUUCGAUCUUACAGGCGAUUUUUCUCGCCAUGUCUCUCUACCCAGAGGUGUUGAGGAAGGCUCAAGCGGAGCUUGAUGCGGUGGUCGGUCCCAGCCGCUUGCCCGACUUCGAGGAUCGGGAUGCGCUUGUCUACGUCAACGCUAUCAUCAAAGAGGCUUUGCGGUGGCAUGUUGUGACGCCGCUGUCCGUACCCCAUUGCACACUGGAGGAUGAUGUGUUCAACGGAUACUUCAUACCCGCUGGCACCACCAUUCUGCCCAAUAUCUGGGCGAUGCUGCAUGAUCCGGCGGUGUACGAGGACCCGGAAGAGUUUCGACCCGAGCGCUUCCUUCGAGAUGGCGUACCAGACCCGAAUGUCCGCGAUCCGUAUCUAUUCGUCUUCGGGUACGGACGAAGGAUAUGCCCAGGGCGUCAUUUCGCAGACGACUUACUCUAUAUCACUAUCGCGACCGUCCUACACGUCUUCGAUAUUGGGCCUCCUCUCGACGAGGGCGGACAGCCAAUCAAGAUCAAGUAUGAGCAAACGGAUGCCCUGGUCACGUAA